GUGGAGGACCUGGAGCUCAAGGAGGUCAGGGUAGGGAAGGGGCAGGGUUCAGGGUUCGGGGGCGGGUUGUUUACGGUGAGAUCAAAAUCAGGCAGAAGCCUCCGGGGUCCCUGCUGUGCCACCUGGACAGGCCGUGAGGGUGGGCCGGGGGGGCGGGGCCGGGCCUGACCACGGCGGCAGAGUUCAGUCCCACUUUCCGCACGCCACCUUAGGCCCGCAGCCGUGCCGGGUGCUCGCCAGCAUGUCCUUCAUCCCGGUGGCCGAGGAUUCCGACUUCCCCAUCCACAACCUGCCCUACGGCGUCUUCUCCACCAGAGGCGACCCAAGACUGAGGAUAGGCGUGGCCAUUGGCGACCAGAUCCUGGACCUCAGCGUCAUCAAGCACCUCUUUACUGGGCCUGUCCUCUCCAAACACCAGGAUGUCUUCAAUCAGCCUGUGCUCAACAGCUUCAUGGGCCUGGGUCAGGCUGCCUGGAAGGAGGCGAGAGUGUUCUUGCAGAACUUGCUGUCUGUGAGCCAAGCCAGACUCAGAGAUGACACUGAACUUCGGAAGCGUGCAUUCAUCUCCCAGGCUUCUGCCACGAUGCACCUUCCAGCCACCAUAGGAGACUACACAGACUUCUAUUCCUCUCGGCAGCAUGCUACCAAUGUUGGAAUCAUGUUCAGGGACAAGGAGAAUGCAUUGAUGCCAAAUUGGCUGCACUUACCAGUGGGCUACCAUGGCCGUGCCUCCUCCAUCGUGGUGUCUGGUACCCCAAUCCGAAGGCCUAUGGGGCAGAUGAAACCUGAUGACUCUAAGCCUCCUGUGUAUGGUGCCUGCAAGCUCUUGGACAUGGAGCUGGAAAUGGCUUUUUUUGUAGGCCCUGGAAACAGAUUGGGAGAGCCGAUCCCCAUUUCCAAGGCCCAUGAGCACAUUUUUGGGAUGGUCCUUAUGAACGACUGGAGUGCACGAGACAUUCAGAAGUGGGAGUAUGUCCCUCUCGGGCCAUUCCUUGGGAAGAGUUUUGGGACCACCAUCUCUCCGUGGGUGGUGCCCAUGGAUGCUCUCAUGCCCUUUGCUCUGCCCAACCCGGAGCAGGACCCCAGGCCUCUGCCGUAUCUCUGCCAUGAUCAGCCCUACACAUUUGACAUCAACCUGUCUGUUGCCCUGAAAGGAGAAGGAAUGAGCCAGGCGGCUACCAUAUGCAAGUCCAAUUCUAAGUAUAUGUACUGGACGAUGCUGCAGCAGCUUACUCACCACUCUGUCAAUGGCUGCAACCUGCGGCCGGGGGACCUCUUGGCUACUGGGACCAUCAGUGGGCCGGAGCCAGAAAGCUUCGGCUCCAUGCUGGAACUGUCGUGGAAGGGAACGAAGCCCAUCAGCCUGGGGAAUGGUCAGACCAGGAAGUUUCUGCUGGACGGGGAUGAAGUCAUCAUAACAGAUGUGGAAACUGAGACCCAGAAAGAUGCAUACUUACCCAGGAUCACACAGGCGAUACAGGGUGGAGCCAGGGUUUGAACACAGGCAGCUGGGCUCCAGGAGUUGUGCUCUGAACCCUUGUGUCCUCUUGCCUCUUUAAGUGGUGCAAUGAGAUUCUCAUUUCUGAGAGUCCAAAAUCCACAAAAUGUUCAGCAAGAGAACAGGUGAAGUAAACAAACCAACAAUUAACAAAAAUCUCUGAUGGUCUUGGUGUAACUCAUCCAUCCCCUGGUGUUGCUCACAAGCCCCAUCUAGUGUUCAGCUUGCAACUUGCAAGAAUGUGUUCUCACAGGCAUUUGCACAGAUGGCUCUGCACUGCUGGACACAUGCAUUUCCCACUUUCCUUCGGAUCUUAGAUGUGUUGAUAGUUGUGGUUUGUUGUGGAUUCUUUCUUGGUAUCUGACAUUAUUUGGAAACAAUAUCUGAGCAAAAGUCUUUCGUUUCUUUCCCUGUGUCUCUCAGUGGUGGCAUCUGCCACCUGGUCUUCCUGUGUCUCUGCUUAUUCCAGUUUCUCUCUCUAGCUUUAUUGCUUCCCUUGCCUGGCACAGAAUUCCUGGGCAAGGGUGGCCAGGGGUCCCAGGGUGUAGAAGUGGUGACCGUUCUCUUUCAGGACCAUGUUUGGGAGAAGGCUCUUUAAAAAUGCUGCAGUUCCGAGUUAGUUGUUUUGAUAGUUGUUUAAUACAUUUCUGCUGGGAGCCAG